AUGAUUUAUGUAUGAGGCAAUGUAUGUGGGCUUCAUGUGGUCCUUUUAAGAACAUCAGCAAAAACAAGAAUGGAGGGUGGACUUUUUCUUUUCUUCAAGUACAAGUGACAUUAAAGCUGCAUCCGUCACAGAAUCUGAAGAGGGAGUGCUGUCUCAUGGGUGUUGAGGGAACAGUCCAUAUAGAAAUCAGUCUGAAAAUCCAGAGAGAGAAUCUGGGGAAUGGUGGUGUCCUUCCAACGGUUACUGACUUGACUAAUAUACAGUUUUGAAGGUGUUGAAGCUCUGAAUACUUGCAAGCUCUCCAUACAUAGAAAUGUCUGGCUCAUAUGAUGAUUCUGUUGGAGUAGAAGUUUCUAGUGAUAGCUUCUGGGAGGUUGGAAAUUACAAGCGGACAGUAAAGAGAAUCGAUGAUGGUCACAGACUUUGCAAUGAUCUCAUGAACUGUAUUCAUGAACGUGCACGGAUAGAGAAGGUCUAUGCUCAGCAACUUACAGAAUGGGCAAAGAGAUGGAAACAGCUUGUGGAAAAAGGCCCACAGUAUGGAACAGUAGAAAGGGCUUGGUGUGCUUUUAUGUCAGAAGCUGAAAAAGUGAGUGAACUACAUCUAGAAGUAAAAGGUUCACUGAUGAAUGAAGACUUUGAAAAAAUCAAGAACUGGCAGAAGGAAGCCUUUCAUAAGCAAAUGAUGGGAGGAUUUAAGGAAACCAAAGAAGCAGAAGAUGGAUUUAGGAAAGCUCAGAAACCCUGGGCAAAAAAGCUGAAAGAGGUGGAAGCUGCAAAGAAAGCAUAUCAUGCAGCCUGUAAAGAGGAGAAACUGGCUAUAUCUAGAGAGACAAAUAGCAAAGCUGAUCCAGCGUUAAAUCCUGAACAACUCAAGAAAUUACAAGACAAAGUGGAGAGAAGCAAACAAGAUGUGCUAAAGACAAAAGAAAAGUAUGAAAAAUCACUGAAAGAAUUAGAUAAUGCCACUCCUCAGUACAUGGAGAACAUGGAGCAGGUAUUUGAACAGUGUCAGCAGUUUGAGGAAAAACGCUUACGUUUCUUUCGAGAAGUGUUGCUGGAAGUUCAAAAACACCUUGACUUGUCUAAUGUUGCAAGUUACAAAAAUAUCUACCGUGAACUGGAACAGAACAUAAAAACUGCAGAUGCUGUUGAAGACUUGCGGUGGUUCAGAGCUAAUCAAGGUCCAGGGAUGUCAAUGAAUUGGCCUCAGUUUGAGGAGUGGUCUGCAGAUCUGAAUCGCACUCUCAGCAGAAGAGAAAAGAAGAAAGCUUCUGAUGGAGUGACUCUGACCGGUAUUAAUCAGACAGGAGAUCAAGCUUCACAGCCUAACAAACAUAGCAGCAGUCUUAGUGUCCAGAGUAACACAGUGCAUUCAGUACAAUCAAGUUACAAUCCCUUUGAAGAUGAAGAAGAUACUGGGAGUACUGUCAGUGAAAAGGAGGACAAUAAGAUCAAAAACGUUAGCAGCUAUGAAAAAAACCAAAGCUACCCUACAGAUUGGUCUGAUGAAGAGUCCAACAAUCCCUUUUCUUCCACUGAUGCAAAUGGAGACACCAAUCCAUUUGAUGAAGAUGCUUCUCCUGCAAUGGAGGUGAGAGUGCGUGCACUCUAUGACUACGAGGGCCAAGAGCAAGAUGAACUCAGCUUUAAAGCAGGGGAUGAGUUAACUAAAAUGGAGAACGAAGAUGAGCAGGGUUGGUGCAAAGGACGUCUGGACAACGGGCAAGUUGGUUUAUACCCAGCAAACUAUGUAGAACCAAUCCAGUGACAAAGGACAAAGUUAAUACAGAAGCAUUACAAAAGCUCCGCAGGCCUGUACAGUAUAUAUUUAAACCAAGAGGAAGUUGAAUGAUGUAUAGAGUGUAUAUAUUUUCAUGAAAAGGAGAGAAAGCUCAAUACUGAAAUUGUGGUGAUUUAAAGACAGAACAUAGAACUGAUUUCAUGUGGUUUUCACAGCUUGUGCACAAUGCAAAUGAAAGGAGUUAGGCAGAAAAAAAUAGUGAUAGGAAAAAUACUUUCUAAGCUUUUUUCUUUCCACAUGGUCUGUUAUUGUGACUCUUAAACAUUUUUGCAUUUUCUAUGCUUGUGCCUCAUCCUACCCGAGGUAUGUGGCUUAUGCUGAGUUAUGUUUAAUCGGUUAUUUUAAGUGACCUUCAGUAACUUGCAACUUGAAUUUUUAAGAUUAUUCUAGUUAAUUUUCUAUUUGUUCUUAGCAAUGUCUGAAAGAUGCAGUAUUUUUUUAUUUAAAUGCUAUGUAGGUAAGCAUCUUUUUGUAUGCUUGAUCAUAUAAUACUUAAAUUAUGACAUAGAUUUAGUCAGCAGUUGACUGAAUGAAAACUCUUUCCAUGUUGUAGUAAUCUUUCAAUGUUGUCAGCAUGACUCAAAGUUGUAAAACAGAUAUUAUAUGUAAUAACUAUCUGUUACAGAAGGUUAUUUGUAACAGAGAUAUCUGCAGGUGUCAUGGGUUGGGAUUCUGUUAUGAAUGUUGUUUAUAUGGUUUGGCACUUAAAUGAGUUUUCAUUGUAGAUCUUAAGUAGCUCUAUAUAAACAAAGAGAUAAAUCAUACAUAAGCCCCAGAAUACUAUCUGUUUCCAGCACAAGAGUGCAGAAAAAAAAAAUCCUAACUGCUAAUGAUUUUUUUUUGUGAUUUGAAAUGUUAAAUCUGUGAAGACUGAUUU